GAGAUUUAUUUGAACAAAGAACGCUAAAUUGCUACUCGUGAUCAUGCAGAGACUCUUGGACGCUUCACACUUCGACUUGAGGAGAGCUAGGGCUGCAGUAUUGAACAUAGUCCCAACAAGUACCAGUGCAGCCAAGGCUGUCUCUCUUGUGCUACCCCAGCUGAAGGCAAGCUCAAUGGUAUUGCACUCCGUGUACCAACACCAAAUGUUUCAGUUGUUGACCUUGUGAAUGUUGAGAAGGGGGGAAUUAUAGCCAAGGAUGUCAAUGCUGCCUUUAGAAAGGCAGCUGAGGGGCCAUUGAAAGGCAUAUUGGCCAUUUGUGAUGUUCCUCUUGUUUUAGUGGACUUCCAGUGCAGCAAUAUUUCUUCUACCAUCGACUCUUCACUAUAGUAAUGGAAGACGACAUGGUUAAGGUGGUGGCCUGGUAUGAUAAUGAAUGGGGAUACAGCCAGAGGGUCGAUGAUUUGGCACAUCUUGUAGCAAGCAAGUGGCCCGGCAUGCUUGCUGCAGUUAGUGGUGAUCCCUUGGAGGAUUUUUGCAAGACAAACCCUGCUGAUGAAGAAUGCAAAGUUUAUGAAGCCUAGAUCAUUCCAGUUUUCUUGUCAGGAUGAAUGUUGUAAAGACCAGUUUUUCACAUAUGCCUAUUUUGUAAUGACAGUUGAUUAUUCAUGAACAGAAUAAUCCUUUGAAAUAGCCAAUACUAUAAAUGAGAUUGCCUCUA